GGAGUGAAAAGCAAGUGAUCCGGGCUUGAUCAGGGACUUAAAAAGCCGCUGAUUCCCCAGGAGGGAAUGAGAACUCAGCUGGAAGAAACUGAUCCAGAAACACUCUUCAUUUUCUCCAAAUGAGUCGGCAGGGAGGGAAAUGCUGUAACCUAGUGGGACACAACUAAAAGCAAGCACCACUAUUCACUCCUACUCCUGAGUACUGAGGCAAGAAAGGGCCAAGGAGUCACUAUAUAAGUAAAUCUUAUUCAAGGAGAACAUCUGUUAGCAGCUCUUGGUUGGAAUAAGAUUAGCUCAGUUUUGAACCAACUUGGAUAAUAGUGUUUAACGCAGGAGAACUGCAACUCCAAAGAGAUGCUAUAUUUAUUAACACUGAAGGUCAGUUUUAUUUUUCUGUUCUAAUCUCGCUUUGCUCCAGCGUUUUGUUAUUUGAGAGCUUUGGAAUACGCCGAGUGGAUAUAAGACAUUUAACAAGAUCUAUGAGUCACCUUCUGCUGUUGAGUUUUCUGAAAGCCACUGUCCCUUCUGGAAUGUCUUUUCAUCAUGGAUGAACUUCUAGAUUCGUUCAACUGCAAUGCAAUUUGAAGAAUGCUUAGCAACACGGAGUGAACAGGUAUGGCAAAUUCCACCGAGAUGAGAGAUGGGAAUGCCACCGGCAAUGGAACAAGCGAUAGCUGCUUCCCGGACAACGCCACUGACUUCAACUUCACCUCCCCUGAGCAAUCCCCAGACUUCUACGUUGUCCUUCCUGUGAUCUACUCCGUGAUCUGUGCUGUAGGUCUGACAGGCAACACCGCAGUCAUCUACGUGAUCCUCAAGGCCCCUAAGAUGAAGACAGUCACCAACAUGUUCAUCCUUAACUUAGCUAUCGCCGAUGAUUUGUUCACGCUGGUCUUGCCCAUUAAUAUCGCUGAACAUCUUCUACACUACUGGCCCUUCGGGGAGAUCCUUUGCAAAAUCAUCCUGUCCAUAGACCACUACAACAUCUUUUCCAGCAUCUAUUUUCUCACUGUGAUGAGCAUAGACCGAUUCCUCGUGGUCCUGUCUACCGUCCGGUCUAAGCGGAUGCCUCACCGGACCUACCGGGCAGCUCGCAUCAUCAGCUGCUGCAUCUGGAUCCUGGUGACGCUCAUCGUUUCCCCCUUCUUCCUCUUCGCCAAUGUCUAUAAAGAUGACUUGGACAUCAAGAGCUGCGGUCUCAAUUUCCCCAAGCCUGAGAGGUUUUGGUUCAAAGCCAGCAGGAUCUAUACUCUCAUCCUGGGCUUUGCCAUCCCGGUGUCCACCAUCUGCAUCCUUUACACCAUGAUGCUGUACAAACUGAGGAACAUGCAUUUGAACUCAAAUGCAAAAGCCCUUGACAAAGCCAAAAAGAAAGUCACGGUUAUGGUUUUCAUCGUCCUGGCAGUGUGUCUUUUCUGCUGGACCCCAUUCCACCUCGCCACCAUUGUGGCUUUGACCACGGACUUGCCACAAACGUCUCUCGUCAUUGGCAUCUCCUAUUUCAUCACCAGCCUGAGCUAUGCCAACUCCUGUUUGAACCCAUUCUUGUAUGCCUUCCUAGAUGACAGUUUUCAGAAAAGUUUCAGGAAGAUGCUGGAAUGCCAAGCUGCUUAAAAAUGUGAUGCAACCCCCCCCCACCCCAUCCCAGAUACUCGCUAGGACACUUUCUUUGCUUUCAGUGGCAACUCUCACAAGCAUUUCAAUUUAUGUGUCUGAAGAAUGUCUCGAGUUCAUUUUUUUAAAAGAUCUUUCGUUUGAAAGUUAUUUAUGUGUCUUCUUUGUAAGGGUCAGGCGUACAUGAUUUCAACAGCAUGUUAGAAUGCCUAAUAUUUGUUAGAAACCUUCCUUAUUCGGGCUGGAAAGAGAGGGAAGAAAAUGCUAGAUCCUGAAAUUGUCGAAAUGUCCUUAAUGUAUGUUCUAGUCUACUGCUACCCUCUGGUGGAUGCUUACAAAAUAGUAGACUGAAUAAAUGGCUUGAAAAUGUGGGAACAGGAUCCAUUGAGACUGAGGAUUAGGCAUAAUUCUUUUCUCUUAACUACUGUUGGGUUAAACUCGAAUAAGUAUCUUAUACUGCUGAAUGCUAUAGGAAACAGCAAGAAGGUCAUAGGCAGGGGGGAAGGGUUGAAACUGUCUUUGGAAAUUUUAUGAACAUGUCACCUGACAACAGAAGUUGCAUCAAAGCAUUCUUGGAUCAAAGUGCAGAAUGUUUGAAGAAGCAAGGAGAAAUCCCUGUACCAGUCAACUUUGUUGUGCAGCGGAGAUACUUUUCAGAAGAACGUAAGAACUGAUGGACCUGCUUAUAAACCAAGUGUAUAAUUAUGCCUGCAACAGCCAAUGUUCUAAUGCGUUUGGGAGUGAUAAAUGUCCAUCCUCUAUGUACGGUGACCAAAGUCUGUUAAUCUUAGGUACACCUCCGCUGAACGGAGAGAUUUUAUUGGUCUUGUAGGGCCCACUGUCCCCAUUUGUAGACAAAUAUUUCAUAACAUACUUUUUAAAAAGUGAUCUUAAGCAAUGGGUGAACAAUUCACCAUAUCUUGUGGCAGUAGAAUGUAGUGCUGUAAUCUUUGCUUUUCCAGGUACGAAUGCUUUAAUGCCUGUACAAGGUUUCUUCCAAUAAAGGACCUUUACCGUCU